CCUAAACCGGUCAGUAUGUACUCUGCCUGUGAUAUUCUGGUCCACACCAGCCUUUUUAGUGCUUAACCCUUCGAACACCACCCAACAACUUGCUCCCUGGGCUCACAUCUCUUGUGUUAGCCUGCCUCAGUAAGGCAUCCCACUGAUCAUUUAAUGAGAUUAGUGCAUAAUUACAAAUGAGCUGGAUAGUGAGCUGUGCUGGCCAAGUAAUUUAGUUUUUUUAGGGAGACAGUUAGUUGGGUGGUGUCAUUUGUCCCGAUAGGACAUAGGUUGCAGGUAGGUGUGUUGUUCGAAGGGUAAUGCAUUUUUGUGAAAUCUGAAGUGUUGCAGAAAACAGCCAAAAAAUAGUCAGGCACCACAGACACUUUGAGGUAUAAGUUCAAGUUUUUCUCCCUGAGGCUAUAAUGUACUGCCAGUGUGCAGUUACUUGCCCUGAAGUUUUCCUUUUCGCUUUUCUAUAAUUCCCUUGUAUCCUCUACCUAUUUACCCAGUUACAUGUCUUCUAGACACCCAUGAUGUGCUAAGACAGUAAUGUUUCAGUAGAUUGCUGGUAUCAAACAAGUGUGGAACUCUUUAAAAAAAAAAAAAAAAAAAAGCCACCUGUAGACAAACAUUGCAAUUUAGAAUGCUUACUAAUUGUAGUUGAAUCCAAAGCAUAAUUAGGUGAAAAUGAAUGGCCAAUUAAAGCUUAUAUUUCUGACAUUCUCACAAUUUUUUUCCUGCCAUUUUAAUAUUUUGAAACCUAUUGGCCUGUGUGCUCAGAUACUUUAACAAAUUAGGAAUGAGUUUAGUAAGGUCAGAAUGUGUUUUAAGCAGGCUGCACACUCCCAAAACUACAUCAGUCAGGAUCAGAUUAUGUGAGUGAACUGAUUCUGAAUCAGGCAAAGCAUUUUGCAUGUAGUCCCAGACAGAGGAAUCUUUACAAAAACUGUUGUGUAAAAAUAUAUUUCUAUUUUAUGAACCUAAAAUAGAGAUAUAUCUAUUGAAGAAUCUGUGUACCAAGAUUCCACAGGCCCAUACUAACUGUCCUUAAUUUCUCUCCUACAGCAGUACUGCUAUGCCAGUCCUGUCUGCACUCUCUUAAGGGUGCAGCAACUCGUCCUGUGUAGGUUAUGGUCAACAGAAAGAAGCGUGUUUAACAGAUAAAUCAAGACACUAGUUGAAAGUUUUGGCCUGGUGUGAGGCCAGAGGGCCUGUCAGGGGAAACCACCAUGGCUUCACAAAAUUUUUUUACUUUUAUGAAUGUGAUAAAUAUAUUUUAAAGCCUCUUAAAGGGAAUUUUUCACAAAUUCAUGCCCUUUCCUCUCAUUUCAAUUUGUUUUAACCUAUUCAUCGUAAUUUUAUUUUAAAGAGGCUAGUUCCACAGUGUCACACAAAAUGUGCAUUUUCAGUUCUUCAUUUCAGAAUUGAUUAAUCUAUCUAUUAAUAUUCCCCAAAGUGUUCAGUGUCUCUAACUGCAACACGUAUAGUAAUUUCAUUUUAUUUUCCUUCAAUUCUAAUUUGGACCAAUUAGAGGUUGAGAGUACUGCAAGAGUGACAAGAGCAGAACAGGUGGUAUGCUAUUGUGUGUGAGUUCAAACCCUUUUCCAAAGUGUUACUAAUGGUAAAGAGAAAUUUUCUAGGCUUCUUUUCUGCCGGUUGAAGUCUGACUGCAGAGGGACCAUUGGCACUGAAAGUGUACGUAUUCUGGAGAGCGCAGCCCAGGACCCUGCAUCAGUGAUGGCUAUAUACUCUCCUUAUCUCCACUUAAAAGCAACAGAAACCUCUUUGUACCUGCCUGUUCUAAAUGGGGCAAAACGCCGGACCCCAUGAUGCAGGUCAGGACAUACAUGGAUGUUAUGAAGGAGCAGCAUCUGUCCAAAGAAGAGAGAGAGAUCAGGCUGCAGAUGUUAGAGAAAGCAAAAUCUGGAGAGUUGAAAGCAGUGAAUGGCUCUGCUGCGUCUCAGGCUGCCGGAGCCAAACGCAAACGCCGUUGGGACCAGACAUCCGACCAAACUCCCAGCAACUCCACACCCAAAAAAGUGUCCAGCUGGGACCAGGCAGAUGCAGGUGCUGAAACACCAGGACACACACCUGGACACACACCUUCAAACAGUCGUUGGGAUGAAACACCUGGCCGUCCCAAAGGUAGCGAGACUCCUGGAGCCACACCGAGUACCCGUAUGUGGGAGCCCACACCAAGCCACACCCCAGCCGGUGCUACCACGCCGGGUCGAGAUACCCCUGGACAUGCCACUCCCGGCCAUGGAGGGGCGUCCUCCAGUGUGCGCAAGAACCGCUGGGAUGAGACGCCAAAAACAGAUAGAGAGACACCUGGUCAUGGCAGUGGCUGGGCUGAGACCCCACGCACAGAUAGAGGAGAUGAGUCGGUGGGUGAGACACCCACCCCGGGUGCAAGCAAGAGGAAGUCAAGAUGGGAUGAAACACCAGCCAGUCAGAUGGGCUCAUCAACACCUAUUCUCACCCCUGGAAAGACCCCUCUGGGCACACCUGCUAUGAAUAUGGCCACGCCCACUCCAGGGCACCUGAUGAGCAUGACUCCAGAACAGCUGCAGGCUUGGCGCUGGGAGCGAGAGAUUGACGAGAGGAACCGUCCACUGACUGAUGAGGAGCUUGAUGCCAUGUUUCCAGAAGGAUACAAAGUAUUGCCCCCACCAGCAGGUUAUGUGCCCAUCCGCACCCCUGCCCGUAAAUUAGCCGCCACCCCCACCCCAAUCGGAGGCAUGACUGGCUUCCACAUGCAAACAGAGGACCGAUCUAUGAAGCAAGUCAACGACCAACCCUCUGGAAACUUGCCCUUCCUCAAGCCAGAUGACAUUCAGUACUUUGACAAACUGUUGGUUGAAGUUGAUGAGUCCACCCUUAGUCCAGAAGAACAGAAGGAACGCAAGAUCAUGAAGCUUCUACUGAAGAUAAAGAAUGGAACACCUCCCAUGAGAAAGGCUGCUCUUCGUCAAAUCACAGAUAAGGCUAGAGAGUUUGGCGCAGGGCCCCUCUUUAACCAGAUCCUGCCGCUGCUGAUGUCUCCUACACUGGAGGACCAGGAGAGACAUCUUUUGGUGAAGGUCAUCGAUCGCAUCCUCUACAAACUUGAUGACUUGGUUCGACCGUACGUCCACAAGAUUCUUGUGGUGAUUGAGCCCUUGCUGAUUGAUGAAGAUUAUUAUGCUAGAGUAGAGGGUAGAGAGAUCAUCUCUAACUUGGCAAAGGCUGCUGGUCUGGCCACCAUGAUCUCCACCAUGAGGCCGGACAUUGACAACAUGGACGAGUAUGUGAGAAACACGACAGCGCGUGCUUUCGCUGUAGUGGCAUCUGCUCUGGGCAUUCCAUCUCUCCUGCCUUUUCUCAAGGCUGUUUGUAAGAGCAAGAAAUCCUGGCAGGCUCGACACACAGGCAUCAAGAUAGUACAGCAGAUUGCUAUUCUCAUGGGCUGUGCUAUCCUGCCCCAUCUCCGCAGCUUGGUGGAGAUUAUUGAACAUGGUCUUGUGGAUGAGCAGCAGAAAGUGCGAACCAUCAGUGCUUUGGCUAUCGCUGCCCUGGCUGAAGCUGCCACACCGUACGGUAUAGAGUCUUUCGAUUCUGUGCUAAAACCUCUUUGGAAAGGUAUCCGACAGCACAGAGGCAAGGGUCUUGCUGCUUUCUUGAAAGCUAUUGGAUACUUGAUUCCUCUUAUGGAUGCUGAAUAUGCCAACUACUAUACCAGAGAAGUGAUGCUUAUCCUCAUUCGAGAGUUCCAGUCCCCAGAUGAGGAGAUGAAGAAGAUUGUCCUCAAGGUGGUGAAGCAGUGCUGUGGCACAGAUGGUGUGGAAGCAAAUUACAUUAAAACUGAGAUAUUGCCCCCUUUCUUUAAACAUUUCUGGCAGCACAGAAUGGCAUUGGACAGGCGCAACUACAGACAAUUAGUGGACACUACAGUGGAGCUGGCCAAUAAGGUGGGGGCAGCAGAGAUCAUCUCCCGUAUUGUAGACGACUUGAAGGAUGAAGCAGAGCAGUACAGAAAGAUGGUAAUGGAGACCAUAGAGAAAAUCAUGGGAAAUCUUGGCGCCGCCGACAUUGAUCACAAACUGGAGGAGCAGCUUAUUGAUGGAAUCCUGUAUGCCUUCCAAGAACAGACCACUGAGGACUCUGUUAUGCUGAAUGGCUUUGGUACGGUGGUAAAUGCACUGGGUAAGAGAGUUAAACCCUACUUGCCUCAGAUCUGUGGUACAGUGCUGUGGCGUCUCAACAACAAAUCCGCCAAAGUCCGACAACAGGCGGCUGACCUUAUUUCUCGCACAGCGGUGGUCAUGAAGACAUGCCAAGAAGAAAAGCUGAUGGGACACUUGGGUGUGGUGUUGUAUGAGUAUCUGGGAGAAGAAUACCCUGAAGUGUUGGGUAGCAUCCUUGGAGCCCUUAAAGCCAUUGUUAAUGUCAUCGGUAUGCACAAGAUGACACCACCCAUCAAAGACUUGCUUCCACGUUUGACGCCCAUCCUGAAGAACAGACAUGAGAAGGUGCAGGAGAACUGCAUUGAUCUUGUGGGUAGAAUUGCUGACAGGGGUGCAGAGUACGUAUCUGCCAGGGAAUGGAUGCGUAUCUGUUUUGAGUUGCUGGAGUUGUUGAAAGCCCACAAGAAGGCCAUCCGUAGAGCUACUGUAAACACUUUCGGCUACAUUGCCAAGGCCAUUGGUCCUCACGAUGUGCUGGCCACACUGCUCAACAAUCUGAAGGUACAGGAGCGUCAGAACCGCGUGUGCACGACGGUAGCCAUCGCCAUCGUAGCAGAGACGUGUUCGCCUUUCACCGUGCUUCCUGCACUGAUGAACGAGUACCGUGUUCCAGAGCUUAAUGUUCAGAAUGGUGUCCUGAAGUCCCUGUCUUUCCUUUUUGAGUACAUUGGUGAAAUGGGCAAAGAUUACAUCUAUGCCGUCACACCUCUUUUGGAGGAUGCUCUGAUGGACAGAGAUCUCGUGCACAGGCAGACAGCCAGUGCUGUGGUGCAGCAUAUGUCUCUUGGUGUAUAUGGCUUUGGCUGUGAGGAUUCCCUUAAUCAUUUGCUCAACUAUGUGUGGCCCAAUGUCUUUGAGACAUCUCCUCAUGUUAUCCAAGCUGUAAUGGGGGCCCUUGAGGGUCUGCGGGUGGCGAUUGGACCGUGCCGCAUGCUACAGUAUUGCUUGCAGGGUUUGUUCCACCCUGCCCGCAAAGUCCGUGAUGUGUACUGGAAAAUCUACAACUCCAUCUAUAUCGGUUCCCAGGAUGCGCUGAUCGCACAUUAUCCUCUUGUUUAUAAUGAUGAGAAGAACUCAUUUGUUCGCUUCGAGUUGGAGUACUUCCUGUGAAUAUUUCUACCCUUACAUGUGCACUCUUCUAUAUCUGUUGUAUUCAUUGUUUAUAGGACUUGGCCCAUUUUUUUUAUGUUCUCUGGUAGAUUGCAACUACUAUCACACAUUCUGUAGUCUAAAAUGUAUUUCUUAUUAAAGAACAGGAAAAACUUUGAAAAUAAUCUUUACAUGAAGCUUUUAGGUUUUUGGAUUAGACUUUUCUGUUUUUACAGAGUGGCUCCAUGCACAGUGACAGUUAAAAUAGUAGCAGAUUUGCAGAGGAAUGUGAAAUCUUGGUAAAUCUUUUAAGUUCGAGACUUGUGUCCUGGUCUGUCCAGUAGCUCUUUUGGUCUGUCACACAGCUGUUCUUCUAAUGUUGCUUAGUUGGGCUGAAUAAACAUUUGUGUAUUAAAAGUUAUCA